AUGUUACCAUUUGUUAUACCAUACAUCCAUUUAAACGACUUAAAGAAUUUUGUUUUGGUUUCACAUGUUUGCCAGAGUUCAUGUCAAACAGCACCAACGAAUCCAUGGGAUGACGAGAAUGAUGUGUACACUUCGGUAUUAAUCGUUCAAAAGUACUUUCCACAUAUCGAAACACUGACAGUCUCAUUACAGUCUGUAGAACAGGCUUCUUCAUUCUUCCCACAUAUCAAAACUAUCAAAUUGAACGACCAAAACCACGAGAAAGGGAAAUUCAAGUUUGAGUACGUCGACAAUCCAUUUUCAAAUUGCGACAGACUCUACGGGUAUAAAAUCGUCAAUUUGGAUCAUUUCAGUAAGUUCCUCCACGCGGACAUUCAGUCUAUUCACAUCAAAGCAAGAAGAAUACAAGUGAGAGCCGUUGUGACUCAUCUCCUUACUCUCAACCUUAAAAUUCUUUAUAUUCACAUGAAGAAAUGUACAGAAGAUGUUUUAGAAGCUAUCAAGUUGCUCUCUGUGAAAACCCGAGUAGUUGUGAUAUGGAAUUCCAAUAUUGAAGAAUUGCAAUACGAAACAGUUUCUUUACUCUCAAAAAGUUGUCACAUAGUUGUGAACUUUUUUGAACACCCGGUGUUUGUGAAUCGAUUUGACGACUACUGCGCCUUCACUGAGAAAUUUGAAUUUGACAAUUUCGACUUUUUUAAUAACUCCGAGAAGUUUGAGACCAACCGAGUGAAAGAAAAGAUCUUUGCGAAGUAUUUGUUCACACACAUCAAUGUGACGUCGACGAACAAAAAUUUGAAUUUGAAGAACAUUGUUGGUCUAGAAGAAGUCACUCUCUGCGAUUGUCACAACGUCACCCUUCCAAGUACCGUGAAAACAAUUCGAAUCACAAAUUGUUAUGGAAAAUGUGAAAUUACAAAUUGGGAAGACCUCAAUGAGUUGGAAGACAUUCAAUCGGACUAUCAUUUAAUUAUCCCACAGAAAUAUUCCGACUACGAACACUAUAUUGGUACAGCUAAAGACAAGUGUGUGUCACAGCGCAAACUUGCAUCACGAAAAAUGUUAUUUUCCGGAUUAUUAGUACUUGUGGUCUUAACAUCUACUUUAUUUAUGUUUGUAAAUAAACAAGUCACUGGGAUGUUACUUACAUUUACGACGACAGUCACUUCACUCAAAGUCUUCUUCCGUCUUUUCUCUAAAAUACUCGAAGAGACUUGGAACAUCAAGUUGGCCAUUUUAUCACUGUGUUUCUCUUCUUUGUUGAUACUCACUUUAUUGUUACAAAUUUAUUCCACGAACUCGCUCGUGUUAUGGAUGGUAGACAAUACUUUAAUACUACCAGAAGUGAUGUAUAACCUUAAUGAGUUAUCUCUUAACACAUUCUUUAAAAGAGAGUCUGCUAAAAUUGUGAGUCUCACAUUUAAUUCAAAAAAGUGUGACGAAGUCUGGAAUAGAAUCAUUAACAGGGGAUACUCCGUUUUGUUAUUCCCAAUCACUUCAUGUUUGGCUGUUGUUGCUCUCUUCAUAAUGCAAAUCACUGGAAUCUUUUUUGGGAAAAAUGUUGUUGUAUUUACAAGUUUUGUGUCUAUGGUUCUGUCAACUAUUUCAAUGCUAAUCUAUUUCAAAAUCAUUGGAUGA